UGAAACACCGUGUCGAUUUCCAUUCAAGAGCACAUAUGCACGACAUCUGCACAACUAGCAUUCUUCCGUUAUCCAAAAGUAGUUACUCUGUUAUAAAACAUGUUCUCCAAAUCCAAGAGAUUUCAAGAGCCAGUUUCUCAGGCACCUCCUGUGGGAUUAUAUGAUGUAAAGGGUCAAACACAAGUAUCUGCAGCAGCUGGAUUUGGCAAAGGAAAGAGAUUUACUGAACUGAAAGAUUCAGGUUUGUCUUCUGCAACCUGUGGGAAAAGUUUUCUGGACAUAAGUUCUUGUAGCACAUCAAGUCGGAAUGACAGUAAAUGCAGUCAAUUUGCCACACCUCUUCCCUUUAAAAAGAAGAGAAACAUAUCAACUUCUACACCAGACACCAGAGGAAAUGAUCAUUGUAAGAAUAAUGCAGCAGUGGAAACUGAGGUGUCAGAACUUUUGUCAGAGAAGAUAGAACUUGAGGACAAACUAUGUCAGGCUCAGCAGGAUCUUCAGCACUUGGAAAACAAGCUUCAGUCUACCUUGCAAGAAAAAGGUAGCCACGAGUCUUCCAUUGCUGACCUUCAUAGACAACUCAAAGAAUUAAGGCAAGAAAAUGAUAUGCUGCUUGAGAAAUUACAAGUCAUCACAACAACCAACAAUAGUAUAGAAUCAUUAAAGGAGGAACUAACUACAGUCAAGCAGCAACUACGAGAUAAGGAUGGGGUUAUAUCCAGUCUUAAAUUUGAAUUGAGCUGUGCAGCUCAGAGCUCAAGAGCUGACUUGGAUUUGGAACAGGACAGAAACAGAGUUCUCAAUGAGAGAAUUUCACACUUAGAGAAGACAGUUUCAGAGGUAACGCAGGACAGAGAUGAAGUAGAAAAAGCAAAUCAACAACUCCAUGAACUGGUUGCUAGUCUUAGAAGAGAUAACAUGGAUUUCAGAACAAAACUUGAUGAAACUGAAGAAAAACUAGAGGGUGUCUGUCAGAAAUUGAAGACUGCCAUAAAAGAAAAUGAGGACAAAGUUCUUCCUCUUGAAGAAAUGUUGAGCAAAGAGAUGCAGAAAAGUCAAGAACUUGGUGAAAAGUUGGAGUAUUCCUUAAGACAGAGUGAGGAGAAUUUUACCAAAGCACAGUCUACAAUUGUCCAACUACAAGAGACAAAAGAAAAUUUGGAAAACAAAAAUCAUGAUUUGGAGGCUAAACUGUUUGAGUUAAUUGAGAAAGAACAGUCUGCAGAAGAAAGGGCAAGGCAUUUGUCUGUGGAGAACAUUGCAAUUGAAAGUAGGCUUCAGAAGUGUGAAAGUGAUUAUGAGCAGAGACUGUCCAUUGCCAAUGAUCAAGUGGAAUCGUUGCAAAAAGAACUUCACAGGUAUGAGGAAAUGAUGACAGAGAAUGUAAGAUCACUGACUGACAAAUAUCAAGAUCUAGAGGAUUCUUACACUUGCUUUCAAUCUGAGGCUGAGAAAGAGAAGAACUUGAUUUUAGCUGAGUUAGAAGUAACAAGACAGUCUUUUCAGAAAAGUCGACAGGAAAGUGAUCAGCAACUGAAGACUUGUGUCUACCUCACACAAAAGAAUGAACAGCUCCAAGAGGAAUGUGAUGGACUUAGUCAACAAGUGAAUUGUUGGAAGACUGAAGCUGACUCUUUGCAAAAUAACUUAUCCAACUGCCAAAGAGAAGUCGAGCGCGCUAAGGCUGAGUUGGAAAUGGCCAAAGAAGAACUGACAAAAAAUAUGGAAGAAACAGGACUAGCUAAGGCUUGUCUGAGAAAAGCACUAGACGAGGCUAACAACACCAUCGAUAACCUCAUCAAGAGAGAGGAGGCCUUAUCUCAGAAAUUACAACUCAUGGAAAGCAAUCAGAAGAAACAAGAGGAUGAAAUAAAAGCAUUCAAAGCUCAGUUAAACAGUGAAAUAUGUGAAAAGCAGGAAGUAGAGAGGAAAAUGCAGGAUGAACUCGAAAGGUACCAGUCAAUAAACAAGGAAUUAGAAGAAAAAUUGAAGGAAUCCGAAGAGAACUUUACACGACAAAUAAAAUCAUUUGAAGAGAAAGCGGCUAAAUCAAAAGAAGAAUUCGGAAGGCGACUCGUGGAGACCCAAAAGAAGUUAUCACAAGCGGAGAUAAAUUUUGAGAAUUUCAGAAGCGAACAGGAGACGAAGUCAAAGGAAAAGGAUAUGGAAAUGGAAAGGAAACUCUUUUCAGCAGAAGAAGAAGUAAACAGAUUGAAAUCGGAACUAAGCAGUAGAACAAGCAACGAUGAUCAGUUGAAUGAGUUAAAAGCCCAAAUUGAAGUAUGGCGAACUAAAUACGAAGAUCUGGUCCAAAAGAUUGAGCCCUUCAAGGAUCAACUGGAUGAAUACGAAGCUGAAAGAAACGCUCUCCUCUGUCAGAAUAACCAAGCAAAGGACGAGGUUGCCAAGCUAGGCCAGCAGUAUGCCAAGUUACUCGGUCACCAGAACAAGAAGCAAAAGAUACAUCAUGUUGUAAAGCUUAAGGAGGAGAAUAACAGUCUCAAAGCUGAAAUAACGAAGCUUAGGGAACAAACUGAAAAACAAAAGAGGGCCAUGAAAAAACUUGAGGAGAAACUGGACCUAGUUAGUGGAAAGAAAAAGUUUAAUACUACGGAGGCCUUCUCUCACAGCAAGAAGGAGAACAUGCCACUGUCGGUUCUUUCCAAUGGAAAUGGAGCUUUUUAAUCCUGAUGAAAUACAGAACACCAUCCACUUGGAUUCCUGCGGAAAUGAGCUGUUAUUGAUUUUAACAAACAAUUCCUCUUUCUUGUCUGCCAAGUGAAUGAAAAAUAAUUCCUCCAUACCUUUUUUAGAAAUUUGCGUGCUCGGCGAUGAAGUGAACGUAACCAAGAUACGAAGAUGUUAAGAAAGCAUACUUGUAUUGAUCGUUAAAUUCUUCUAUUCCAACCUUAUUCUAAGAAUCAAGACCUUGUCGACUACAAAAAUAUGACUCUUGUACACUAUAACUGAAUAACCGGUAAAUCAAGUUGUGAAAUCACGUGUUCUAUACAAACAGAACAAACUGUAAAACGCGUUACCAACUAAAUUGCGUAACAGAUACGCGUGACGGUUCGUGAAUGUUUUUGACAGAUACUUUGGACAGCGAUUAGGAAUUUUAUGUCUUGACAAUGGUAAAUUAACCUCUCGUUUACUUUUUAAAUGUGCUUCAUUCUGUAAAUAGUAUUCAAAAAAUAAUUAUUCCUGUUUUAUUCUAUUUCGCAAAAAUUGUAUACCUAGACCCCACGUUUCCCCCGACCACUUUACGAUGGAAGACUUGAACAUGAGCUCGCUUACAGUUAAUUGGAUUAUUACUAGACUCAUAGAUUAUUCUUAGGAAUACGGAUAUUAAACA